CGCUUGCCUGCGAGGGAAGCGGCAGUCGGAGCGGGCCGCCUGCGGGCCCCGUCGCUUCCCCACUCCGCCUGCUUGCCCGUUGGCGACCAGGAUGGCGUCGGAUUCUGGAAGUUUCGGCCAUUCUGGGGAUCAACAGCAAAGCUACGCAGGCUACGGCAAUCAAGGAAAUCAAAGCUAUGGACAAGCCUCGCAGGGCUAUCCCAGCUAUGAGCAGAGCAGAGAGAGCUCCUCUUACAGUCAAGGUUAUGGGAACUAUCAAGGGAACUACGGACAGCCCCAGACAGGUUAUGGGCAGACUGGCCUACAAGGGUACAGUGGCUUUGAAAACCAGAACCAGAGCUCUUAUAACCAGGAAUCAUACGGAAAUCAAGGGCAGCUAAAAGAUUCAUCAAGCAGCGCGAGGUCUUCAUACGACCAGAAGUCCAGCUAUGGGCAGCAGCAAGGAUCCUACAGCCAACCCUCAGGCUAUGGCCAGCAGGCCGGCUCCUACGACCCUCAGUCAGGUUAUGGGCAGCCACAAAGGCCUUCCUUUGACCCUCAGUCCAGCUACGGCCCACAAGGACAGCAGCAGACCUCGUACGAGCAGCAGCCAGGAUACAGCCAGGAUCGGGGCUCCUACGACCAGCAGCCGCCUCCGCUGCAGUCGCCGCCGUCGGGCUAUGGGCAGCAGCCAGGGCCAUUCGGCCAGAAGCCCAGCUACGGCCAGCAGUCCUACCAGUCCCAGCAGAAGGAAGGCUACAGCCACAACACGCAAGAUGACCGCCGUGAAAAGAGCAGGUAUGGAGACGAUAACCGAGGCUACAGUGGGCCACGAGGAGGCGGAAGCAGGUUCGAUUCCGACAGCAGAGGUCCCACGUCUGGCUUAAGUGGUGGUGACCGAGGUGGCUUCAAAAAUUUUGGUGGUCAAAGGGAUUAUGGACAAAAGGCCGACGCAGAUUCGGAGUCGGACAACUCGGAUAAUAACACCAUCUUUGUACAAGGUCUUGGAGAAGACGUUUCCCCCGAUCAGGUGGCGGAGUAUUUCAAGCAAAUAGGUGUCAUUAAGACUAACAAAAAGACAGGCAAACUCAUGAUAAACCUUUAUACCGACAAGGAUACCGGCAAGCCCAAGGGGGAGGCCACCGUGUCCUUCGACGACCCGCCGUCCGCCAAGGCUGCCAUUGACUGGUUCGAUGGAAAGGAAUUCAACGGCAGCAUCAUCAGGGUUUCCUUUGCAACCAGGCGACCUGAAUUUCUGCGAGGCGGCGGCGGUGGAGGAGGGCGCCGAGGUUCACGAGGGGGCGGCUAUGGAAGAGGCGGCGGCUUCCAGGGCCGAGGCGGAGAACCGAAAAGCGGCGAUUGGGUUUGCCCCAAUCCGAGCUGUGGCAAUAUGAACUUUGCACGACGUAAUUCUUGCAAUCAGUGCAAUGAGCCCCGACCGGACGACGGGCGUCCCUCAGGAGGAGACUUCCGUGGCAGAGGUGGCUUCGGAGGCGACCGGGGGUUCAGGGGCCGUGGUGGCCGUGGCGGCGGCUUUGGUGGCAAAAUGGGAGGAAGAAAUGACUUCAGAAGCGAUCAACGCAACCGGCCCUACUGAUGCGGCUGUGAAUUCCCCCUCGUCUUUGCAAUGGCUUCGCACAGCAACUUCUGCUGCGUUUCACCCGCUGCUUUGUACCCCGUGGCCUCCUUUGGAUGGCGGAAUGAAACAUAGAACUGGAUUUUUGUUCUGAUGGGAGCGACUGGGUCAGGUUUUUUGUUUCCUUUUACCUUUUUUAUAGCAAGUCCAUUGAAAUUUCAUCUUUUAUUUCCAACAUUCCCUGACUCUUCAGCCCUCCCCCUCUCCAGCCUAAACUCUUCCAUGGGCUCUUUAAAGAAAAGGAAGGAAUGAAAUUGUAAAAUAUUUGCCAAAAAUCUGACAUGUUUUAUAAUAUGAACAAUAAAAGCCGAUUGUUUAUUUGUGA